GCAGCACCGCGCAAGCGUUGCAGAGCCCGGCAGCAUCACGCAGGCGCCACGGAGCAGCGCGGCAGCAGUUUGAACGGUGCCGGGUGUCGGAGCCGCUGAUGGAGUCCGUGCUGAAAGGUGUUUGUGCAUUUGUAGAAGUUUGGUCAUCCAGCAGAACCGAAAAUUACUCAAAAACCUUUGAGCAGCAACUUCUUGAUAUGGGAGCAAAAGUUUCAAAAACUUUCAACAAGCGCGUGACACAUGUAGUCUUCAAAGAUGGACAUUCAGCUACAUGGAGAAAAGCACAGAAUGCUGGUGUAAAGAUUGUUUCUGUACUCUGGGUGGAGAAAUGUCGAGAAACUGGAAUACAUGUUGAUGAAUCUUUAUUUCCUGUAGUAUACAAUAAUGAAGGGUUACCACUAAAACACAAAUGUAUGCAGCCAACGGACUUUGUUGAGAAAACUCCAGAGAAUGAUAGAAAGCUGCAGAGAAGACUGAACCAGAUGGCUAAGGAAUUAGCUCAACAAAGGAUAGGAAUUAACACAGAAACUGAUAUACCGGUUUUACAGUUUGAAGAUGAUGGUUCACUUGUGUAUAGCCCUGUUUCUAAAUUAAGAGAUCAAUGCAGUGAAAUGGAGAGAAGAGUAAAUGAGAUGAAGGAGAAAAGAGAAAAUCUUUCUCCUACUGGAGAAAAGAAGAAAGACUGCUUAAACUCAAGUUUUGAUGACUAUUUUGGAACUGUUACAUCAAAGAGACAGAAAAAAGAGGUAGAAAACACCUGCAAUACUCAGACUUGUACUCACGUUUCUAUGAGUGCUUCAAUAACGAAUUCUCCCACAUGUGGCUGUGACCAGAGGAGCUUAAUCCAGAAACAACCUAGCAGAAAAAGCUUAGGUGAUGAAAAUCACGUGUCAGAGUAUGAUGUUACUUACGACUCUUGCAAAGUUUUUAAUGAACAAAAAAAUAAGCACAAUGGGAGGGUAAAAAAAACCAGAAGACUCCAAAAGCCAGCAAGAACACUAGUGAUGACAAGUAUGUCUUCUGAGAAACAAAGUAUGGUAAUUCAGGUGGUGAAUAAACUCGGAGACUUCUUGUUCUCAGACGAUGUAUGUGAAACAACAAGUCAUGUAGUUACAGGGAGUCCUCGUCGUACCUUGAAUGUUAUGCUGGGAAUUGUUCGUGGGUGCUGGAUUGUUUCUUAUGAGUGGAUUCUGUGUUCUUUGGAAUUUGGGCACUGGAUCUCAGAGGAACCAUAUGAACUUUCUUCCAACUUCCCAGCUGCUCCUAUCUGCAGGCUUCAGCGUCACCUCUCAACAGGAAACUACCAGCUGAAUCUGUUCUCAAACCAGCCUGUGAUGUUUGUAUCUCCCACCAGCCAGCCACCCUGCAAAAAGCUGGUGGAACUUAUAGAGCUGUCGGGGGGAAAAGUAUGUAAAGCCCUACGUCAGGCAAAAAUCUGCAUAGGAAAAUACUCGGGAAAGAAGUACCAGGAAAUAAAAUGUUUGUCAGAAAAGUGGAUUUUAGAUUCAAUCACUCAGCAUACAGUGUGUCCUAUGGAAAACUACAUUUUUCAGCUGUGAGCUAACUCAAGAGCUUCCAUAUGGCUGCACGGGAACAAGCCUGCUUUGGCCUCAACAACUAAGCUGUGAAUAAAAUUUCUAAGAGAAUGCGAAUUACAUAUUUAUAAAUAUAGUUACAUGUUUUUACAUUUUUAUUACUUAUGUAAAUGAUGAUAUUUGUUCCCUUUUAAUAAAGUUUUUUGAUAAAAAUCA